CUUUCUCGUGUCUGUGUAGCGACUCAUUGCGCCACGUAAGUUAAGGCGUAUGUUGCCAUGGUUACUGUACACCAAACUGAAGCGUUAGCUUUGCUAAUGCUACAUUGCCUCUCUAGUACUACUGUAUAAAAGGGGAAAUGAGCUGCGGGACCAAGAAGCUACAACGGGGCUCUUACCAUGUAUCCACAGAAGCUCAAUAAACUUUGUAUGCCAAAGAUACCAAAGAGCCAUCAGAAACAAGAGCUUAUGGCACAUGUAAGUAAAACAUCAGCAGGUGAUGAAGUGAGAACUAGGAAGCAAGGGAAUUUGGAUUCUGACUGCCAGCUUCUGGACUUCAGAGGACCAAUGGGGGUUCGGUUUGAUGAGCAUGGGAUGAUUCUUUCACACACCAUCCUGGGUAGCUUAGAGGAUUACAGAAGUUAUCUAGAGGCUAAAGGGGAGACAGAGUUGGUGAAGCGAAUAUCAAAUUCCCUAGGAGAUCCUCUAUGUGAGGCCAAAGAAAGGAGUCCCCCAGAUGCUGUAGAAACAGAAACUCUGUCGAGCCAAAGAAACAUCCAGGGUACUGCCUUACAGAAUUGGGACAAACAUGUGAGACAUCGGAGACAACAGCAGGACUUCUUAUCUGAUUUGCUCCAUAGGCCAGUCGAAAACUUGCUGAUGAAUCAAGCCAAUCAUUAUAGAGAAACUCAGGAGCAGAGGGAAUUUCUAAACCGAGUCAUGCCACUCAUCCACUCAGGAUAUGGUUAUCGUGUGGGCAGUGAGUUUUGGAGUCUCCCACAGCGUUAUGGAGAUGAAAUGAGCGGUAUUACAGCCACUCUGACUCAGACAGAGCGGGGCAGACGAAAACCUAUCACACAGAUGGGACAACCACAGAGGAUAUGCCAGGAAUCAGGAAUCAUUUGUGCUGAGACUCUACGGCCAGCUUCACAAACUUGGAGCCAGAGCGCAUACCUGCAGCAUCAGCGCCAGCUGCUUAAGGAGGUUUUACAGGACAUGGACAUAAACAAGCCAGACAUCAGUGAACUGGUAGUGAUUGGCUCUGGCAAACCAUCCUACAGUCCUUUAUUAGAGAACAAAGAAGAAGAGAUGGAGAGCAAGCAGAACCUUGAUUCACUGGCACAGCAUGAAGAUGUUCACUUAGAUGUGCCUACCUUGAGAUUCUGCGGUCAGGUUGCUACCUGGACUGGAAACUCUCUCUCAAAGCAGGGAGAAGUAGGAAUUAGUGCUACAAUAUUCUUUGAAGCCCUGACUGGAGAAAUAGUCACAUCCCACCUGGACCUACAUAAUGAGGGCAGCACCGUCAUCUUCUACAGCUGGCAGCAGCUUCCCAAGCCAUACAGUUUUCCUAAUCUGGGUUCGCAAACACAGAAAGUGCACUUCUACUUUAAUGCCUCCUCUGGUGUGAUUCUUCCAGGUGAGACCCAGCGAGUGGAGUUUCUAUUUAAGUCAGAGAAGCCAGUCAUCAAAACAGAAAUUUGGCAGCUCAGCACACAUCCUGUGCUGCUGCAAGGAGCCUCCAUGCAAGUUGUCUUAAGGGGAAUAUCUCUGUACCAAGACAGAUCUGCAGAUGAGAGGCUUUUCAUAGAGCAGACAAAACUGGAAAAGGUAGUUUGGGAAAAGAUCUGCCGGUCGAUUGUCUAUGAGGCGCUCUACCAGGUCCACAGUCCAGAAAGACCAAGCUCACCUGCAGAGCUCUACAUCACUACAGAGCAACUGUUUCUGAGCAGAAACCCCAAGUUGCAGUACCGGGAUGAACCAGUGGAGGGCCUGAAGGCACUGUGGCAAAAACUGGAUCAAGGAAGCACCUGGGACUACUCUGUUGAUACUCUCCGGCAGGCUGUGUUGUCUCUACCUGAUGAAGAGUCAUCUCAGGACUCCCUCAAAAGAGAAGAGGGUCUGGCCCAACUCAACUCUCUGUAUUUGCAGCUUUCUGAACCUUUUGGACUGAAACAUCCCCUAACAGCUGGCACCUUAGGGCGGCAGCUGUGGAGAAAACUGCUGGACAGAAUGACUGCUGAUGCCAUGUGGCUACGGAACCUGCUGGGCCUUCCAGAGAAAGAAGCAUGGACUGAUAAGGAGGAUAAACCUGUAAUCACUGAUGCUGGGGAAAUACAAGCACUUUGGCAGGACCACGGACAUAUAUAUGACACACAAAAGAAGGGGGGAAGAGAAAAGGAAACAGGAAAAGGGCAUCAGGGAAAAACAACAAAGAUAAAGAGCACUUUGGAAAACCAAGAAGAUGAGUCAGAGAGCAUCCUUCAACCGCCUCCUAAACAAAAAAAUGUAGUGAAGAUGAUGCCCGUUUACACAAGGCUUCUGCACAGCAAGGUUUAUGCUCUGAUGGAGGAUCUAGUGGACAACCUGUGUGACCUGAUGGAUGAGCUUAAUACGGAAGAUGUGAAAGACACACAUUAUUAAUAAGACAUGAGAGGGGAGUCACAGCAUUCUGGAGAAUAUUUGCAAACAUAUAUAAUAAAACCUGUUAUAAAGGA